UCCAUCCUUCCAGACAGGCUACAAGACACUGACCGUGGCCAAGAUGGAACUCCCGAAGGGCUGCUCUGGCCAACGGACCUUCUUUUCUGCCAUCCUCAGCAUGCUAUCACUCGGCCUCUCCACACCAUCUCUGCUCAGCAGUGAAUGGUUUGUGGGCACACAGAAGGUGCCCAAGCCCCUGUGCGAUGGGCAAGGUCUGGCAGCCAAGUGCUUUGACAUGCCGAUGUCCUUGGAUGGGGAUGUCACCAACACAUCAGUCAAGGAGGUGGUACAAUACACCUGGGAGACUGGAGAUGACAGCGUCUCCUUCCUUACCUUCCACAGUGGCAUGUGGCUGUCCUGUGAGCAAACCAUGGAAGACCAAGGGGAGAGGUGCCGAAGUUUCAUUGAACUCACACCACCAGCCGAGAGAGAGAUCCUCUGGCUGUCACUCGGAGUCCAAAUCACCUACAUUGGACUUCAAUUCAUAAGCUUCCUCCUGCUACUGACUGGCCUGCUGCUCACCGGGAACCCUGGCUGCGGACUCAAGCUGAGCACCUUUGCUGCUAUUUCCUCUGUCCUAUCAGUGAGAUGGGAGGUGGAGGCAGGAGAAUUCCUGGAAGCUCAUAGGUCAGCUAACCUGGGGUAUGCAGUGGUAAACAGCCUGGUAUGCACUGCCUGGGUUUCCUUCACCUGCUGCAUGGCAUCAGCAGCCACCACCUUCAACAUCUACACAAGGAUGGCUCUGGAGUUCAAGUGCAGGCACAGUAAGAGCUUCAACGCAAAUCCCAAUUGCCUGGUGCAUCACCACCAGUUUCCCUCCACAGCUGCCCACGUAGGGGGACCUUUGACCAGUUGCCAUCAGUACCCCAACCACCCUAUCUGCUCUGUCUCCAAAGGUGUUGACUUCUACUCAGCGCUCCAAGACAAGGGAUUUCAACAGGAGACCAGCCAGGAGCUAAGAGAAGUGGCUGGGUCAUGUGUAGAAGAGCAAUGUUAG